UUGGGGAACAGGGGACUCCAGAAGCAGCCUGGAAAGGGGUGGUCGACAACUCCCAAACCCGUCGCCACCAUGCCCGUUUCUCCGACAAACAGCCGCAAGCAGCCAAACCUCUCGCCGAAUAAUGCCUCACUAUUACCAAGGAGGUCUAUUAGCUUUAAUGCCACAGGAAAAGCUCCAAACAAAGGAUAUAUUGGUUCAAAUCAAAGCAAACUGACUGUAUCAAGAAACUUACUUAUUCCACCUGAAAUGAGAUCAAUAGAAAAAUUGAAUAUUCCCAACAUUAAGUCAAUACAGGUGUUUGAUGCAAAUGGAAUUGAUGUUACUCCCCGACCUCUUUAUUGUCCAGACCCACAUGUUGGUACAGCAAAACCAAGUAAACUACUGACAUCACAAGAAGGAUCACUUGGAUCAGAAUUUAUUUCUUCCUAUAGCCUGUAUCAGAAUACAGUAAAUCCUAGUAUGUUAGGGCAGUUUACAAGAUCAGUUAUAGGAAGCAGUACCAUUUCUAAGUCAAGUAUAUCAACAACUGAAUCAAUAGCAGAAGACUUAGAAGAACCAUCCUUUAGACGAGAAAGACUAUCUAGUUUAACAGAUUUACGAGUUAUGAGGGCAGUGCCUGAAACAACUAUAACAAAAGAAGACCUUGAGAAGAAUAUAGAGAUAAUACUUACAGAGUCAGAAAUGCUACGAUUUUUUGACUUGCCAACAGUUACGAUCUCUGUAGAAUCUGAAGAAGCUGAGAAAGUAACCCAAGGAAAUAAGAAUUAUGAAAGCCUUUGUAAAAAUAGAUUAGGCAAUGACUUAUAUGUUGAAAGGAUGAUGCAGACUUUUAAUGGUGCGCCAAAGAAUAAAGAUGUUCAGUGUGAUAAAAUCAUAACAGAAGACAAAGGCAUGAUGGCCACUACCUGGGAUUUGUUUGAUUCAUACAAUGCUCUAGAACUUUCAUCUUUAUCAUCAAAACAAUCUGCAAUUAAAUCAGAUAGUAAAGCAAAUGUACGUCCUAAAGAUUGGGAUCAAGGGCCGGUACAAAGUACCAUAGGGAAAAGUAGUGAAGCUAGUUCUCUUAUGGAUAUAGAAAAUGUAAUUAUGUCUAAAAUCCAUGAUGAUGAAGAGGACCACUCAGAUGCAAUAUUAAAAUCUGAUAAAUUUCAUCAAGAUUUAUUUUUCAUGGAACGUGUUCUAAUGGAAAAUAUAUUUCAACCCAAACUUGCAGCUUAUCGUCAACUUCCUAUUUUAAAAGAACUUGAACCUGAAGAGCCUAAAGAGGUUUUAGAAGGUGAAAAACUUGAAGAAGUAGAGGAAGAAGUUAAGGAGGAGGAGGAAGAAAUAGAAGAAAUAGUUGGAGAACCAGCCAAUUUGGAACGACUUUGGUCUUUUUCCUGUGACUUAACCAAAGGCCUUAACAUAAGCAGCCUUGCCUGGAAUAAAACAAAUACAGACCUUUUGGCUGUGGGCUAUGGGCACUUUGGAUUUCGAGAGCAAAAAAGAGGAUUGGCUUGCUGCUGGUCAAUAAAGAAUCCCAUGUGGCCAGAACGCAUUUAUCAGAGUCCAUAUGGAGUUACUGCUGUGGAUUUUUCAAUUGGAACACCUAACCUGCUAGCAGUUGGCUAUCACAAUGGCACAAUUGCAGUUUAUAAUGUACAGAGCAACACAGAUGUUCCAAUUCUGGAUAGUAGUGAAUCACCUCGAAAACAUUUGGGUCCUGUAUGGCAACUACAGUGGAUAGAACAAGAUCGAGGAACAACAGGUGAUGACAAAAGAGAAAUCCUAGUUUCUAUAUCAGCAGAUGGAAGAAUCUCCAAAUGGGUUAUACGAAAAGGAUUGGACUGUCAUGACUUGAUGCGAUUGAGACGAACUACUGGUGGCAUCAACAAGAAAGGAGGGGAAAAAGAGAAGAAAGGUGAAGCUUUGAUAUCUCGACAGGCUCCUGGAAUGUGUUUUGCUUUUCAUCCCAAGGACACAAAUAUCUAUUUGGCUGGCACUGAAGAAGGUCAUAUUCACAAGUGUUCUUGUUCAUAUAAUGAACAAUACCUAGAAACCUACAGAGGACAUAAGGGCCCAGUGUAUAAAGUAACAUGGAACCCAUUUUGUCAUGAUGUAUUCUUAAGCUGUUCUGCAGAUUGGGGUGUUAUGAUAUGGCAUCAGGAGAAUCUCAAACCAUUUUUGAGUUUUUAUCCAACUACUCACGUUGUUUAUGAUGUUGCCUGGUCUCCAAAAUCAUCCUAUAUAUUUGCAGCUGCUAAUGAAAGCAGAGUGGAGAUUUGGGACCUUCAUAUUAGCACUUUGGACCCUCUGAUUGUGAAUGUGGCUAACCCUGGAAUCAAGUUCACAACUAUUCUCUUUGCCAAACAAACAGAUUGUCUUCUAGUGGGAGACAGUGAUGGACAGGUCGCUGUGUAUGAACUGAGAAAUAUGCCUACUGCUUUGGACUCUGGCCGAGGAGAUGCAAUAAACGCUUUGCUUGGACCCAAGUCAAACUAA